AUGUACCAAAUGCAAAGUAUUUUGACAGCAUGUUUUGCUCCAGACACUAAACACGCAGACGACUGGUUCAAAAACCAAAGCACACAAGAACUUUUGAGUGAAAUUUCUCUAGACCGACUUUUUUCGGUCUUGCAUAAAACACAUGAAAAUCGUAAAAAUUUGCCAAUAAAUUUAAGAGGAUAUUAUGUACAUAGACUUUUAGUAAAUGCAGUUGCAAUGUGGGCUUCGCCUCGUUAUGCAUGGCAUGUUUACAAACUUCUUGACGAAAUUCAUAGACAAGAACGUGAAGAGAUGGAAAACAAGCUUGAAGCAAAAGAUGAAGUCAUUGAAGCAAAAGACAAAAACAUUCAGAAAAGAAUACCACGUUCGGUACCAAAAGGAAAGGAAAAGAACUAUAAGUAUAUGAUUUAUACUGAAGAUAUGGAGAAAGAAGAAGACAGUGACAUGGUUAUGUUGCAUUUAGUCAGAAGAAACAACAAAAGCUUUUACGACCUUGCUAAGAUUUACAAAUCUGACAGAAAUUGGUUCUAUCGCGAAAACUUACCGAUUUCAAUGACCCCAAAUGAAGAUGUGAAACAAAUAGUUCAAGAUACGUUACCUCAAACACACUAUGAUAUGAAAGG